AUUUAGAAACCAGAGAUGUUUAGGUAAAUAAUUAUUUACAUUUACAAUUUUUUGUUGUGAAGAAUUUUAAUGUGGAACAUGGAAACAACCCAAGAUGUGAAAUAUAUUCCACAUAAAUCAAAGUCUGAGGAUAAAAGUUCAGUGUGGUAUUAUUUUUUGGUUUCUGCUUGCGGAGGGCCGACAGCACAGUGCAAAAGCUGCAAUAAAGUAUUAAAGACGUGUUUUGGAUCAACUAAAGGACUUUUAACACAUCUAAAAUAUCACAAAAUCGAGUUGGAAAGAAAGCCCGACAGACAGCCGCAAAAGAAAUCAGCAAAAAUCGCGCCACUAAAACCAAAGUUGGAAAUAAUUAAUGGAAAGGUAUCUCCGCCAAGUCCAGCACGCAGUAAUAAUUCCUCAAUGGCUUUCGACGGUGACAUAAGUAAUUUAUACGAACGACAAAUAGAGUUUGUCGAUGGGUAUUUAAUAGACAAUCCUUUUGCGCAUGAAGAUAUUGAUCACAAUUUUGAGCAAAAGCCGCCGAAAAUGGCGAAACGUGAAGACUCAUAUCAAAGAAACCGAAAUUUAGAAGAUCUAAGAACCCGCGUGGAAAUUCAAUGUAUGCGUGCAAAAACCGCGUAUUUCAAAAAACAAAUGGAGAAUCUUGAUAUCGAACGAUCCGUCAUGUUAUUAAAAGCGAAAAAGCUAGAGCUAGAAGUAGAAAAAUUACGAAAAGACGCGCAAGAAAGUUCAUUGCGAAUUGAGCAAAAAUGAUUACGAACCGUUAGGAUGUUUAUUUUAUAUAUUACCAAAAUUAUAUUUCACACACUAGUACCAACUAACUUAAAUGUAAAUUUAUAAAUUAAGUACAAAAUUGGCAAUUAAAUAGUUUUUCAACCAUCACACACUUCUCAACUAAUUAAUUAAUUAUUGAUCACUUUGAAGUUGUUUAAGUUGAGGAUGAGACUUAAAAGCAAAUAUUUAAAUAGCACAUUUUUAAGUAAAAUGUCAACUUAACAUUUAGGUUUAUAAUUUAAAUAAAACAA